AGGAAAAAACCCUACCCACUGAAAUUUGUUUUCCAAUUUUAUUGCAUUCGAUUGAUCGUAAUUGUAUUUGCAACUCUCCAAGAUCAAGAACUACAUCAAUCUUCUUGGAGCCUGUCCCUGAGCCAUGUUAGGCCCUUGUUUCUCCGGCCCGUUGUUCCGGCGUGCGGGCCCGGGGGCCGCGUCGAGCCUGACGUCAGCGGCAAACCGAGCAGGAAAUUCGAAUGCGAGCGCCCUUGCAGGAGCUAUCGGUACUUCUGCAAAUCACAGUUUGUUGUACUUCUCGACGCAGAAGUACUACCUCAGCUUCCAAAACCCGCACCAGCAAUCACCGGCCCGAGUUUUCAGCAGCGCUCCGCCGAGCUUGGACUUGAUCAACCAGGCUCCGCCGAAAGUGGGGAACCCUUUGCCGACGCAACCCCUGCAGAAAUCCAUGGGGCAGACGCUUCCGGCUGGUAUUUUGAAAGUCAUUUUCAAUUGCAUGUCUUUGCGGCGUGCACUAACUGUCGUUUCCCCUACUUUCAUGUGGAGCAAGACAUGAUCAUAUCCGUUUGUGGUACUAAGCAGGAUUAUGUUAGUUUUUAUCCUUUCGCAGAUGCAAAUAACUACACGUGUCAACUAUAACAGCCCCCACCGUCGGGCGCGGCGCUGCGGUGGUUGAGAAUGCGAAGGCUAUGGCGGCAACCUCAACAUCCUCGAGAACUGUGAUGAAGAUGAAGACCGCCAAAUUUAACUCGCGCAAGCACUCCCAGCAGCUAAACCAAAUCCAGAAACGCAUUGCCCAGGCGAAGAUGCGCGUUGCGUUGUUGAAGAAAAACAUCGCGACCUUGCCGACGCAUGGCGCGCUGAGGUUGGGGAAAACGAGCAAGCCAAAGCCAAGUAAGACCACUUCUACUAAGAUGGUCCAGAUGAAGAAGAAAACGACCCAGCCUAAAAUGCAAGCGAUGAAGAAGAAAACAGAGAAGAAACCAAGCAGAAGUACUAACGCGGUUAAUAUGAACCUUGGGGAUGUGAACAUGAAAUCAGUGUCCCUACGCAUCGAUCCGGUAAAGUUCGAUGUUGUUCCAAGGAAAAAAUCUUCUUCGCCGAAAAGAACCGCGAGCAAAAUGAAGGUGAUGCGCAACAAGACCUUCAAGGUGAAGGUUCCCCGCCGAACGAAAUCUUCGGUGCCGAAGAUGAGCAAAGCGCUGACGAGAAUGACCACCACGAAGAUGAAAACAAAUCAGCAGUUGAAAAAGCAAAAAUCUCCAACCACCUCGCAGAUCCAGCGUCUGAAUUCAAUGGUGCGGCAGAUCGCGACUAAGAACCGGCACAUGCAGUGGCAAGCGGUGCAGUUGAUCCAGCAAGCGGUGAGGGAGCAGCAGAAACACUCCAAGGAAUUUCAGCGAAUUAAGUCGACCAUCAAGGAGAAUGAGAACAUUGCGAGCAAGGCGCCGCAGAGAAUUGCCAUCGGUAAGCCGGUGACCACCCGGGAGCUGCAGAAGUUGAAGGAGCGGGCGUCUAUGCGAAAGUUGAACAGUUUGGUGAACCGAAUUGAGAAACAGGCGGCGAAAAGUGGACAAACCGGGAAGAAAAAGAUCGACGAGCUGGUGCGAGAGAUAAAACGGCUGAACAAGGAGAAGGAAAGGAAUUCGGUGCUCAUGCGCCGGGCAAAAUCUAAGAAUUCUCCUGGAACUGCGCGGAACAAGAAGUUCAACGUGGUAAUGGCGCAGAUCAACCCACCUUUACCAGAACCACGGAGCAGUAUUUCCUCGUUGUCGAACAACACGACAGGACAGCAGACCACUUCCUCGGUUUUCCUCAACAUGAAGACGAAUGAGCAGCAGAGAUUGGACGAAUUGGUGCGGAAAAUCGCGGAAAAGGCGAAUAAAACCCGGCUCAACAUGAAGACGAAUGAGCAGCAGCGAUUGGACGAAUUGGUGCGGAAAAUCGCUGAAAAGGCGAAAACCCGGGCCGAUAAAAAGACAAUCGACCAGCUGGUCGAGCGGAUUGAGUCGAAAAUGAAGAAGAUGGGAGCUGGUGGUGGUCGUGGUGGGAGCAGAGGACGCGGCCAUCAGGUUGGUCCGAGGAAAGUUGCUCGAAGCAAAACGUUCACCACGAAAAAGCGAACUGCGGGAGGAGCACGACCAGGUGGCAAAAAUAUGAAGAUGAAAAUCACAAAAAUGGCAAGCAAAAUGAAGAAAAUGGCAGCAGCAGCGAAAACGAAAAGUCGUGGCCGGUUGAGCAGCAAGAGAACAUCAAGCAGUCUGGCUGGCAAGAAGGUGGUCGGUGUCGGCAACACUUCGAUCGACCUGCUCGUGCGCAGAAUUGCAGCGAAGAUGAAGGGUGAAGCGAAAAUGGGGACAACAAAACGAACAACGAUGUCGAAGAUGAAGCAAAAUUUUUCCAAGGCGAGCAUUGACCAGCUUGUGCGUAGGAUCGCGGCCAAGCGGAAGAUGAUGCAGACGAAGAUGAAAACGCCGAAGAAAUCCGCUGCUGGGAAACAAUCGAAAGGUGGAAAAAAGCUUUCCCUCAACAACCAAAAGAGACUUGACAUGUUGGUUCGCAGGAUCGCGGCACAGAACAAGAAGAUGCAAAAUAAAGGCCGGAAAAAGACACAACAGAUUUCGCUGAGAAACCAAAAACGACUCGACAUGUUGGUGCGCAGGAUCGCGGCACAGAGCAGGAAAAUGAAAAAACUUCCAGCCGGAAAGAAGCUUUCCAUCAACAACCAAAAGAGACUUGACAUGUUGGUGCGCAGGAUCGCGCGGCAGAAGAAGAUGCAGAAGGCCGGCGGUACCCGUGGAAACAAGAAACUCUCUGUGCGGAACCAGCAAAGAAUCGACAUGUUGGUACGGAGAAUUGCGGCGAAGAAAAAGAUGAUGCAGAGCAACAACCAGGGAAGAAGACCAUCGACAUCAAAGUCCACCGGGGGAAGCAAAAGCCAGAAGCUUUCCAUCAGAAACCAAAAGCGGCUUGACAUGCUGGUCCGCCGAAUCGCAGCGCACAAGAAGAUGCAGAAGGGCAAAAUGGCAAAAUCCCAAAAAGCAGCCAUCGACCGACUGGUGAAGAGGAUCGCUGCGAGAAGGAUGCAGACGAUGAAGAUGCAGCGAUCGCCGACAUCAUCAUCAAGCACCAAGAUGAUGAAACUCAAGCUCCCGCAAAACCAGCAGAAGUCUCUGGACGCUCUCGUGCGGCGCAUCGCUGCGAAAAGGAUGAUGACGAAGAAGAAGCACCGGUAUCAAGUCAGGGGAAAAUUGAUGAAGAUGCGGAACAAACAGCAAGGUGUCAACUUCGCUGUGGCUUUGCGACACAAAUUGUUAAAGGAGCGCCUCAACGCGGUCAAACAGCGCAUCCGCAUUCUGCAGCGGCGGAGAGGACAAGCCGGUGGAAUUUCUGCAGCUACAAGGAAAACCGUUAUGAUGGGCAAGAUGAGGAAGAUGAUGCGGAUGAAAAAGGCGAUGAGAAUGCGCGCCGCAUCAAAGGCUGUCUCUCGUCCAGGCACCGCUCGUCCAAGAAAAAUGGCCCGCAAAAUGAAGAUGAUGUCUACUUCCCGUCCGAUGAAGAUGAUGUCAUCCUCCAGGAUGAAGAUGAUGAAGAUGAAGAUGCAAAAGCCGAUGAAAAUGGGCAGCCAAAGUGGACGCAGUUUCAUGGCGAUGAAGAAAAGCAUGAAAACAACGAUGGGCCGGAAAACAAAAAUGGCAAAGCCGACUUCUAUGAAGAUGAGAAUGAAGAUGAUGAAGAAGAUGCAGGCCCGUACUGCUGCAUCAACUUCUUCCAUGAAGACGAUGAAAAUGCGCAGGAGCAUGCCGAUGAAGAAGAUGCUGCGCAAGUCCGUGAUGAAGAUGAAAACAGCAGCACCAGCUCCGUCGACCGGUCGAUACACAAAAAUGCGCCAUAAUUCUUGUAUGAUGUCCAUGAAGAUGUUGCGCAAGAUAAACAUGGGUAAAAUGAAAAUGAUGAAGAAGGAGCCCAGCCCGAUGGCGAAGAAGCUUCGAAUGAUGGCUGCCCGACCGCGAAAAAUGGUGAUGAAGAUGAAGAUGAGCAACAAAGCCACCGCCGCGCACCGCAAGCGCAGCAAGGUGUUCAGGCAGCAGCUCCAGCAGCUCGCGCGGACGAAAAAGUUGCUGAAGCACCGUCUGCGACAGAAAGUUAAAGUUUUGUCCAGAAUGCCCGUGUCGAAUAAAGCUUCUUCUUCAAACACCUUGCCACCCAACUUGCGGAAGCGCGUUUCCACCGCCUAUCGGAAGGUGUCGGCGUUGAAGAAACAGCUCCGCAAGAAACACGCACUGACCGCGAAGAAGGAAAGGUCGUUGCUGAAGAAGCAAAAGCAAAUGCUUCUGAAGGAGCAGCAACGGCAGAAGAUGCGCGCGGCCGCACGAGCGAAGAAGGCGAAGCUCGAGCGCAGGAAAAUGAUGAAAAUGAUGUCGAGCAAAAUGAUGUCUUCGAGGAGAACAACUUCGACUUCCAAAAUGUCUGCAGCUUCUAGAAGACGAAUGAACUCACCGCGGCGCAUGAAAAUGAUGUCUUCUCGUGCUGCAGCCCCGAAAAUGAUGCGGAAACGAAUGAUGAUGAAAAAGAUGGCAGCUGUCGGGCGUUCCGCGCCGCGCCCCAAUCUGCGGCCCUUGCAAAGCGGGCAGCGUGGUGUUUUGGUCCAAACCCUGGUCACGCCGCUUUCCGCUUCCCGUGCGGGAGGUUUGCUAGUUCGAAACCGGGUGGCUCGGCGCGUUGGAAACUCUUCCAGUCGGAACACGACCAGAAGACGCAGGUUCUUCAGCACCAGGUCCUCGUCUAGUACUGGCGAAGGCGACUCUACGUCUUCGAAGAAAAUGAUGGCCGCGAAGAUGAGCAAAUCGUCGAUGAAAAAAAAGAUGAAAAUGAAGAUGAUGAAAGCCCCGUCGGCUAUGAAAAUGAAAAAAAAGAUGAUGCGCAAGAGGCGCCGUCGCGACCGGUAUCUGGAAAUGGAAGACGAUGACGACGACAUGUUAACCACAGCCGGCAUUAUGGCGGUUGCGGCCUCCAAGAAUAAAGGUGGAAACGGGGCGCGCGGCAAGGGAGGUAGAGGAGGUGGCAUCGACUACGACGAGAGUGACAACUCGUCCGGAGAGUAGAGGAGUGGAAAACGCUUUUUGUUUUUGGAGCUGAAUGUAUGACAUCAAACCCGAAGCUUUUAGUACCAUUCGUUUUUCCACAUUAAUAUCAUCACAAGAACUACUCCUCUGUUUUUUUUUCUAUUUGCUUUUCUUUCACUGACACUGUUAUGUCGACCAACUGCUAAGCAAGCCAAGUCCAGACCAAGAUUGAAAUUGCACCGGACAACAUACAAUACUAAACAAACAUAAACAUUACAUUCCCUUAUUCCAACAAUUUUAUGGGUAGCGUGACUACCUGCACAAAAUAUUUUCAUUUUCUUGAUGCUGUUGCUGUUUUAGUUUUACUUUUUUAUUUUUUAUCAGGUAAUCACAUUCUAUUUCUAUUGCAGCAAUUGCAUUAAUUAAUCACCCGCUUAGUAUUUGUUGAUGAAUUAUGAUUAGUAUCAAACCUCCCCGACUCCUAGAUCUGACAAGACAUCUGAUGCAUCACGUGCGAGCAGUUCAUGGCUACUUCUCGAUUUGGAAGGCUGACAAAUUUUUCACGCUCCGCCGUUUCUGUAUGCUGUAGAAAAAAAAGUACUGUGGUUCUCUUCUUCUAACAGAAACUCGACAGUGAGGCUGUCGUUGCUCCUGUAUGUAUUGUCUACCGGCCUUGCGACACGCAUCAAAGUUGUCGUGUCUGUUAGUUAGUACUCCAAUUUUCAUCCUAAUUUACGAUGAAGAUCGGUAUCGUACUAUGCGUGACCCUCUACUUUGGUUGGCCG